UUUUUGAAGCAAAUUGGCACAGAACCCUCUCAUUUAAGGCAGGAACUGUGUAAGUGUCUUGAAGAGAAUAUAGAAGAAUACAUUUCAUUUAUGUUAAACCGUCAUCACCAAGAUGAUGAGGAAACAUUUGUGGCUGAUUACUUGUCAGAAAUGGAAAAACUGAAAGUUGAUGGGUAUUGGACAAGUGCUGUGACAGACCUUUUUCCAUUAGUACUGGCAAAUUACUCAAAGUGCAAUGUUAUCAUCUACACAAAUAAUGUUGAACAGCCAGUCAUUACAAUUAAACCAACCAAAAAUGACUAACUUGCCAUUCCAGAUAACAAAAACAGUGUAAAAUUGGUUUAUACAUCAAUUCGGAGAAUUUUGGAACACUACGAUGGAUGCCUUGAAAUUCAAGACUCUGAUAUAUACUUUGCCUCUCCAUUAUCAGGUGGACAUUCCGACAAACAGGAACAGAACAAGAAUACACCCACCACCAAUGAUAAAACAACUCCACCGAAAGGACCUACACCAAGAAAAAAGGCAGUUUUUAUAACGCCUGAGAAGAAGUUCCAUACUAGAAAGAGAAAAGCAACACCAGAAACAUGGGAAAAAAUAUUAGGAAAAAGUUACGGCUGUCAGGUGCAGAGUAUACAUCAGCAGAUGGAAAGCCAAAGGCCGCUAGGUCGGUAGAGCCAGUAGACUGUAGCAAGUGCAGACAGAAAUGUGACACAAAAAUAACAACAGAACAAAGGCAACAGCUCUUUGAAUCAUUUUGGUUAUUGUCAAGUUAUGAGAGACAGAAAAAUUAUGUUUGUAAACAGGUAGAAGAGACAGACACUAAAACAUAUCUAGACAAAGAUGGAAAGCCAAAUAAAAAACGAAAGCAGGUGUCAAGAAAGUUUUAUUUUGAAAUUGAAAGUAAAAAGUGUUCUGUCUGCAAGACGUUCUUUAUGAAAACGUUGUCAAUCGGUAAGGCAUAUAUUGAUCAUGCGUUGAAAAACAAAAAGGACGGACAUUUUACAGGCAGUGAUUUAAGAGGAAAACACGAGCCUCAUAACAAACUUUCCCCAAGCAGAAUAGAUGCAGUGAAAAAGCAUAUUGAAUCUUUCCCACGUAUAGAUGCUCAUUAUGUUCGAAAUGAGACAAAGAGACAAUUCCUUGGGCCACAUCUUACACUGCCAAGAAUGUAUGACCUUUAUCUGGAGGAGUGCAAGAAAAAUAAAACAAAGCCAGUUUUAUUGGAAAGAUACAGAAAUGUUUUUAAUACAAAUUACAACCUUUCUUUUCAUGUACCAAAGAAGGACCAGUGCAACACAUGUAAUCAGUAUUACACAGCACAGCGAGAAGGUAAAAUGACAAAUGAACAACAGAAUGUUUUCGACAAACAUCAGCAAAGGAAAAAGCGAUCUAGAGAAGAGAAAGCUAAAGAUAAACAGAAAUGUGAAUCCCAAAGUAACAUUCAUGUAGCUUGUUUUGAUCUCCAGUCAGUGUUGUAUGUUCCAUGCUCAUUGGUUAGCCUAAUGUACUACAUGCGUGAACUCUGCUGUUAUAACCUAACAUUUUACAGUUAUGGAGACAAACAAGGCACAUGCUUUGUCUGGUCUGAGGUACAUGCAAAAAGGGGAGCAUCAGAAGUGGCUACCUGUCUAAAGCUACAUCUCCAAUCACUUCCAGCAGAAUCAGACCAUGUAGUUUUGUACUCGGAUGCUUGUGAUGGACAAAAUAGAAAUAAAAUCAUAGCAAGUUGCUUACUGCAUUUCGUGAAUACCAUUCCAAACAUAAAAAUAAUAGACCAUAAAUUUCUAGAAAGCGGCCACACACAGAUGGAGGUGGAUUCAAUGCACGCAGCUGUCGAAUUUGCUAAAAAGAAAACCAUGAUUUUUGUUCUGUCACAGUGGGACACAGUUAUUCAUAUGGCUAGAAGAAAAAAGCCCUAUAAGGUUUUGCCACUAAAGUACACUGAUAUCAUAGACUUUAAACAAUUUCAGAGUAACAGUACAAAGGUACAGAAAAAAUCGGAAACAGGAACCAAGGUACUCUGGUCAAAAAUGAAGUGGCUUAGAUAUACUAAGGAAGAGCCUGAUGUCUGUUUUUUCAAAUACGAUUUUGAUGAUGAAUUUGAAAAAUUGAAAAUGUUUGGCUAUAGAAGUAUCAUUCAAAGAUACCCAUAUCUGCCGCAAAGAAAAAGGAUCUAUUGCAGCUAUGCAAGAGUGGUACUAUUCCUGAAGAAUUCCAUGAAUAUUACAAGGCUUUACCAGCAAAAAACAGUAUCAGAGAUUGUUUGCCAGAGCCAGAUGCCCUUGAAGAUUCAAGUAACGAUUCGGAUAGUAACUAACUAAAAGUGUCAGAUUUACUACUACAUUUCAAAUGUGACUGACAAUGUGACAGUGUGUGAUUUCAGACAAAUUCUAAACAUGCUAAAUAUGUGUAUUAAGCUUUAUUCAAGUGCUUAUAUUGCAUAAUAUUACAUAAAAUGUAUUAUGAAAUUCACUAAAUUGUUAUAGAUGAUUCUUGUUACUUGAUGAAAAGACAGUCUGAGAAGAGCCAAAUGGAGGCAUUUACAUAUAGGCCAUUGGUGACUUGAAAAGUCUUAAUCUAAGACAAAGAAUGCAUCCUGCCAUAAUAAUCUAUAUUUCUAUAGAAUAUUUUUGUUUCCCACAAAACUUACAUUUAUGUCAACAUUGCAUAUGCCAGAGGAUUCUAUUGCUUUAUAGAAUGUUUUUGACACUUACAAAAACUGUGAUAUGCAACAUCUUCACCAGCUAUCAGUUUAUAGCACUUUCUGGCUCAGUACUGU